AUGACCAUAGAGGACCUUCCAGAUUUUCCAGUAGAAGGAAAUUCUUUGAUUGGAAGAUACCCAUUUUUAUUUCCAGGUUCUGAUACACCAGUUGUCUUUUCCAUUUCUGCAGCACCAAUGCCUUCGGACUGUGAGUUUUCUUUCUUUGAUCCUAAUGAUACAUCAUGCCAGGAAAUUCUCUUUGAUCCUAAAACUUCUGUAUCAGAAUUAUUUGCCAUUUUAAGACAGUGGGUUCCUCAGGUCCAGCAGAACAUUGACAUUAUUGGAAAUGAGAUUCUUAAGAGAGGUUGCAAUGUGAAUGACAGAGAUGGAUUGACAGAUAUGACACUUUUACAUUAUACUUGCAAAUCUGGAGCUCAUGGUAUUGGUGAUGUUGAUACAGCUGUAAAAUUUGCAACUCAACUUAUUGAUCUGGGAGCAGAUGUUAGUUUACGGAGUCGUUGGACAAAUAUGAAUGCUUUGCAUUAUGCUGCUUAUUUUGAUGUCCCUGAGCUUAUAAAAGUGAUUUUGAAGACAUCUAAACCAAAAGAUGUAGAUGCCACUUGCAGUGACUUUAAUUUUGGAACAGCUCUGCAUAUUGCUGCAUAUAACUUGUGUGCAAGUACCGUGAGAUGCUUAUUGGAACAUGGAGCAAAUCCUGCAUUUAGGAACGACAAAGGACAGAUCCCUGCUGAUGUUGUUCCAGACCCGGUUGAAAUGCCAUUAGAAAUGGCCGAUGCCGCAGCAACUGCUAAAGAAAUCAAGCAGAUGCUGUUAGAUGCGGUGCCCCUGUCAUGCGACAUUUCAAAGCCCAUGCUUCCAAGCUAUGAUCGUGUUACUAGCAAGGCGAUGCUUGCAUCACUCGGUCUGAAGUUGGGGGAUCGUGUUGUUAUUGCAGGACAGAAGGUUGGAACAUUAAGAUUUUGUGGAACAACUGAAUUUGCAAGUGGGCACUGGGCUGGCAUUGAGUUGGAUGAACCAGAAGGAAAAAACAAUGGAAGUGUUGGGAAAAUCCAGUACUUUAAAUGUGCCCCCAAAUAUGGUAUAUUUGCACCUCUUUCAAAGAUCAGUAAAGCAAAAGAUCGAAGGAAGAAUACAGUACACACCUCUGCAAAAGCUGUGCCUCUUAUCAGGUCCCAGAAAAUUGAUGUAGCUCAUGUAACGUCCAAAGUAAAUACUGGAUUAAUGACCUCCAAAAAAGAUAGUGCUUCUGAAUCAACACUUUCAUUGCCUCCUGGUGAAGAAUCAAAACCUGUAACAGACAAAGAGGUUACCCUGCUUGGAUCCGUCAGCAGCUCCUCCUCUACAUCGUCUUUGGAACACAAACCAAGCUACCCCAAGAAGCUGAAUGCACGUAGCAAUGGCAAGAAGACAGUGAGCAAAAGCCCAUCUGUCUCCUCUAGAGCCAGUGCUGGUUUGAAUUCCUCAGCAGCAUCUGUAGCAAAUAACAGCCGCUCUUCUGGAGAGCUCCACCUGGGAGAUCGCGUACUGGUGGUAGGCCAGAGAAUUGGCGUCAUUAAAUUCUUCGGGACAACGAACUUUGCUCCAGGAUAUUGGUACGGUAUAGAGCUUGAGAAACCCCAUGGCAAGAAUGAUGGCUCAGUUGGAGGUGUGCAGUAUUUUAGUUGUUCUCCGAGAUACGGAAUAUUUGCUCCCCCAUCCAGAGUACAAAGGGUAACAGACUCCCUGGACACCCUUUCGGAAAUUUCCUCGAAUAAACAGAAUCAUUCUUAUCCUGGUUUUAGGAGAAGUUUCAGUACGACUUCUGCUUCUUCCCAGAAAGAGAUUAACAGAAGAAAUGCUUUUGCCAAAUGGAAACCCGCGCUGCGCCGCAGCUGGAGCGGGGCCCCCACCACGGGCGGCGUGGAAGGGAGCGUGAAGCUGCACGAGGGCUCCCAGGUCCUCCUCACAAGCUCCAAUGAGAUGGGGACCGUUAGGUACGUGGGCCCCACGGACUUUGCAUCAGGGAUCUGGCUGGGACUGGAGCUUCGAAGCGCCAAGGGGAAGAAUGACGGAGCGGUGGGAGACAAGCGCUAUUUCACCUGUAAGCCGAACCACGGAGUCUUAGUUAGGCCGAGCAGAGUAACCUAUCGGGGAAUAAAUGGGUCAAAGCUUGUGGAUGAGAGCUGUUGA